GGCCGGGUGGAAUCACCGCUGCUGAGAUGAGAAACUCUUUCCGGAUAUUUACCUUUACCUGCCCGCGACGCGCCCUGCCUGGGAUCUUCUUACCCAACAAACGGCUGUAGCCUACUAAAGGAAAUGUCACACGUCUGAAACCUGAACGACUGAGGUAUCUGGCACUGAUGAGCUGAGGGUUGUGUAUUUGUCUUGGGAGGGAGGCUGAGUUGCCCUGGUAACAGACAUGCCCAAACCUGACCUGCUCUGCCUAGUUCAGCUACUGGACGGCACCAUUCAGACCUUCCGAGUCAGUAAGCAGGAUCCUGGAGUGGUGUUGAUGGACGUUGUGUUUGACCACCUGGCUCUACAGGAGAGACAGCUCUUCUGCCUGCAGCUGAGAGACACCAGCGCUGCCAUUGCUGCCAACACACACUCUCCUAGGUGGCUGGAGCCUGAUAAACCACUGAAGAAGCAGCUGAAAGGGCUUCUACCUCCCUUCUACCUGACCUUCAGAGUCAAGUUCUUCAUCUCUGACCCAAACUCCUUGCAACACGAACAGACCAGGCACCUUUACUUCCUCCAGAUCAGAAGUGACAUCAGAGAGGGAAGGUUGCAGUGUCCCCUGAGUGCAGCUGUGGUGCUGGCGUCCUAUGCUGUCCAGUCUGAGCUUGGUGACCACUCUCCCACAUUCCUUCCUGGUUACCUGUCCAAGAGUCACUUCCUGCUAGAACAGGAUGACAACUUCCUGUCCAGGGUUGAGGCUCUGCACCCACAGCACAGUUGUUUCUUGUUGUUUGUUUGUGUCAGGGGGUUGAAGCAGAGUGAGGCAGAGCUGUGUUACUUGAACACGGCACGAACAUUGGAUCUAUAUGGAGUUGAGCUGCACACUGCCACGAACUCAAACAACAGCCCUCUAUUGGUUGGGCUGGCCUCAGGGGGCGUAGCCAUGUUCUGCAAUAUGAUUUGCUCCAGCUUUUUCCCGUGGGUUAAUAUUAUUAAGAUCUCCUACAAAAAGAAACGCUUUCUCAUCCAUCUCCGACGCAAACAUGGGGAGACCCAGGACUGUGUGGUGUCCCUGGCCCUGCCCUGUCCUCGGAGCUGUAAGACCCUGUGGAGGUCUUGUGUGGACCACCACUCCUUCUUCCACCCCAGCAGGGACAUCUGCAGCCCCACCCUCAGUCAGGCAUACAGCAAGCUGCUGACUCAUCACCUGGGGCUGGGCCACAGCAAAACAGACAGUGGGCCAGUGUGUCGCCGUGUGAUGGGCGGGAUGGUGUGGAACCCGGUCCUGAAGAGGUCGGUGUCAUCAGAGCAAGAGACCAAGAGUCUGCCCUCCAGAUCCCCCCCACAAACACCCAACUGGCGGAGUCCCAGAGUUCGCCAUGGCCUCAGUAAGCCCCGCCCCUCGUCGGUUGAGCUGACCACAGACCUGAGAGACAUGUCCGAAGGGGAGGACGUAUUCUACACCUACAGGGUCUCCCUGAACAGCAGCAGGGGCAGUGAUGGGGAUACUCCACCACAGAGACUCAGUCAAGGCCAGGAAGAGAGUGUCUCCCAGGUUGAUGGUGUGGGUACUGUAGAUGACACCAAGCCCAGCGCCCUGCACUGGGACAAGAGUGGCCUGGGAGAUGGUGACCUGCUCCUGGUACGGAUCGCUCCAGACUCUGAGGGCAAAUUUGGCUUCAAUGUCAAGGGUGGUGUGGAUCAGAAGAUGCCCUUGGCCAUAUCCCACGUCAAGCCCGACUCCCCAGCAGGACGCAGUGAGCCCAGCCUGCUGGAGGGAGACCUGGUAGUCCUCAUCAACGGUCGAGACAUCUCAGAACACACACACGACCAGGUGGUCAUGUUCAUACGAGCCAGCAGAGAGUCUCACUCUCGAGAACUAGCCCUGCUCAUCCGACGCAGAGCACCAGGCCCAGGGCGUGUCGGCUCAUUCCUGCAGUUCCCUCCCGCCCUUUCUCUCACCGGCCAAUCACACGGAGACAAGCUGCCGUCGCCUAGCCAACCAGAGCGGGUGGAUUCCCUGCUGGAGUCCAUGAAGCAGCUGGAGAGAGGCCUGCAGACCGGAACACUCACCUUCCACUUCGAGAAUCUGUACCGGAAGAAGCCAGGUCUCUCUGUGUCUUGUGCCCAGCUACCUGAGAACAUGGACAAGAACAGAUAUAAGGAUGUGCUUCCUUAUGACGUGUCCAGAGUGGUGCUGCAGGAGGAGGACUAUGUGAACGCCAGCCACAUCACGGUGACCCCCCCAGUGUCUGGUCUGUGUUUACGCUACAUAGCAGCUCAGGGCCCUCUACCUCAGACCUGUGCUCACUUCUGGCAGAGUGUGUGGGAGCAAGACACACACACCAUCAUCAUGCUGACUACUCUUACAGAGAGAGGACGGACCAAGUGCCACCAGUACUGGCCACACCCCCUGGAAGUGAGGGAAUAUGGGUACCUGAGGGUGAGCUGUCACUCAGAGGAGUGCAACCUGGCCCAUGUCACACGCCAGAUCACCCUCACACACACACAGCGUGGUGUGGAGCGUGCGAUCACACACCUGCAGUACGUGGCGUGGCCGGACCACGGCGUGCCGGACGAUCCCAGUGACUUCCUGGUGUUCGUCAGCUCUGUCAGAGAGAGGAGGGCAGGAGAGCAGCCGCUGCUGGUUCACUGCAGCGCUGGGAUUGGUCGUACUGGAGUUCUCAUCACCAUGGAGACAGCGUUGUCGCUGAUGGAACAGGGCCGGCCCGUGUUUCCGCUGGACAUCGUCAGGACUCUCCGAGACCAGCGGGCCAUGAUGGUCCAGACCACGUGUCAGUUCCAGUUUGUGUGUGAGGCGAUACUGCGCGUCUACAGAGAGAGAGAGGAGGAUUCUGCAGCACCGUAGCAUGGCCUGGUGUAACCACAACCCACAACCCAGCACCAAAACCAGGCUCAGCCAAGCCCCUAGUUUACACUGCCUAGUUUACACUGGACCAGACCACAUAGCCAGGUCCACUGGGCAGUUACAGAAGUCAAACCUAACUAGGGAAGGGUCCAGGGAGAGGAUCAUCACUGGAGCAGCUUCCCUCUCACUGGGGACCACCGGCCCCUUAGCCCAGGUGUAAUGACUGAGCCCACGCUGGAGGGAGGAGGGCUGGAGGGAGGAGGGCUGGAUGGAGGAGGGCUGGAGGGAGGAGGGCUGGAG